UGAUUGGGUGUGAUAAGAGAAAAGGAUCCCUUCAUCAGGGCAGAAAGAAGGAGAGAUUGAGAGAGAGAAACUUGGAAAAAGAAAGAAGAAGUGAUCAUCAUCACUUCACAUCAUCCUGAAAAGAAAGAUCAUUCAUCCAUCCAUGGCGCCAGUAGGGUUACCGCCGGGUUUCAGGUUCCAUCCAACCGAUGAGGAGCUCGUGAACUACUACCUCAAGCGGAAAAUCAACGGCCAAGAGAUCGAACUCGAUAUCAUCCCCGAGGUCGAUCUUUACAAGUGCGAACCCUGGGAAUUAGCAGAUAAAUCCUUCCUGCCGAGUAGGGACCCAGAGUGGUACUUCUUCGGACCCCGGGACCGGAAAUACCCAAACGGUUUCAGAACAAACAGAGCUACGCGUGCAGGCUACUGGAAGUCGACCGGUAAGGACAGGAGGGUGACAUGUCAAAACCGAGCCAUUGGAAUGAAGAAGACUCUGGUAUACUACCGAGGCCGAGCUCCGCAAGGGAUAAGGACUGACUGGGUGAUGCAUGAAUACCGCCUCGACGACAAGGAGUGUGAGGACACCUCCGGAAUUCAGGAUUCAUAUGCAUUGUGCCGUGUGUUCAAGAAAAAUGGGAUAUGCUCCGAGAUCGAAGAACAACAAGGGCAGUGCAGCGUAUCAUCGUUUAUGAUGGCCGAGAGCCCACAGCAGGGACUUCUAAACGAGUAUGAAUUGAUGACGGCCUCGCCCGAUGUCCAGAUCGCGUCGUCCUCUUGCAUUGACGAGGAAGACAAGGACGACUCAUGGAUGCAGUUCAUAACAGAUGACGAUGCUUGGUACCCCUCUAACCCUUCCAUGGGUGGAGAAGAAGUCACUCGGGUGACAUUUUAAUCUCUCUAAUCGGUCAAGGGAGGCAAUUGGUGGUCAAUAAUCACAAGAAGAAAAAAGAGAAGGGGGAUAUAUUUUCCUAUAAUAAGGAAUUAUAUAUAUAGAUUCAAAAGGGGGUUUUAAAAUUCAAUAUUUUGGUUAUGGAAAAAUCAUCAUUGCUAAUUAAUUACCUGACAUUACACUAUUUCUUCAUACUUUAAUUAUUUUUUUCCUUUUAUUUUUAGUUUUUCUUAUUAGUUUGGGUUUGGUGGAUGUUGUAAUGGGGCAACUCAAGACACUAUGGGUUGGUGGGUGUUGACUUUCUGGGUAUUGGCUAUUGACCCUUUUAUUUCCUGUGGUCA